UUUAAAAAAGAAAUCACUUCAAAUCAGACUAUUCCUCGAUUUAUGUCUGCCAUCCUUGUGAAGGGUCAUGCUAAUCUUCUCUGUAUCAUUCCAAUUUUGAUGGAUGCGCUGGAGGACAUCUGUUAUGGACCUUACGGUACAAGUUCUUACAUUUGACACUGUUGACGAACUCAUUGGACAGCAGGGAAGGGGCUGCAGUUGGCAAAGGAAUCGCUACUGAGAAGAAUAAAAUAAGCAGCAGACAGUCCUUUUCGCCAUCCGUUAAAAUUGGAAUGAUAGAGAGAAGAUCCUCAUUGCCCCUCCGCAAGGAUGACACGAAUGAAUCGAGAAAUGGUCCAAAUUUUGAGAGAGAGAGAGAGAGAGAGAGAGAGAGAGAGAGAGAGAGAGAGAAGCAGCAGACUGUAUGUGAGGAAACAGGCUGAUGAAUUUGCUGGGAAGAGCGAAGCCAAGCAGACAGGAAACUUGACGCUGAUGAUCAGACUUCUUUUUCCGAUGUCGCCGUGGGAUAUUAUAAAAGGCUGUAUUCUCUCUAUUUUCUGGUCAGCAUACAGCCGCAAAAUCAAAAGCCUGCAGUGCAUUCUCUGUGAUUUUGGCCACGAUACGGCUGCAAUUACCUCACUUUACAUCCAUUUGAAUGACUGAUAGACAAAUGUUCAACGGCUGUCGAAAAUGGUUCCCACCAUCUCUGACAAGUCUGUGAUGGUGGUGCUUGUAGCUUACUUAGAACAGCAGCCUCUCAUGGUCCCUUCUUAUUAGGACCACAGACAGUCUCUGAUGGUUCCUUCUUACUACUAGGACCACAGUCUCUGAUCAACCCUUCUCGGUUUUCUUUUUCAAUGGCGAUGGCUUUGAGAUAUCAUCUUUGACCUGCCCAGCCCUAGGUGGCUCAGCAUUAUCUUUUCUCAGUUUUCUGUUCAUCUUUUUUUUUUUUUUUUUUUUUUUUUUUUAAAAAGUGGGCCCAGUGCCCAAGGCUGAUAUUACAAAUAAGAAGAUCGAGGCCGGGGUCCUCACAGGCUACCCGGAGUGACCGAACUGAACAUGCUGAGAACCGGGCUCAGCGUCCCUCAUAUGCAUCUGGAUUCGAACUCCGGGCGGCAUUUCAAUAAUUCAUGGGUGUACCAACUGAGCUACUCCAGUUGGUCUGCUGGACCCUUCUUACUGGAACCAUCAUCCCAUAUGGCACAUGCAGCUAUGGGUCGGUUGGCCAGCUCUGUACAAUCAGGACAGCACAGACAGUUGAAGGGGAAUCAUUCACGGUCUCAGCGAAUUACAGUGGAGGAAAGCGAAAUGCGCACUGUAACGCCGGUCACAAAGACUGGAGAUCUUUUGGACGCGCAGCACUGGACAUGGAAGCCAAGCUUCAUGUCCAGGCCCCCUCCAGUGACAGGAGGAGAGGCGUCUUCCCUCGCGGUGGUAGAAAGGGAAAGGCGGCCUUUGCUUAUGCGGGUUCUGGAUCAGCCUCUGAGACAGGAUCCCAGCCUGCAGAACAAGUCUGAUCUCAUCCUGCUUUGGCCCCUGAUCAACCAUCACAGGAUCAAGGGGCUAUUAGACUGUGGAGCCACUCGCAACUUCAUGUCUCCCAGCGCAGUCCAAAAACUGCACCUUAGCAUGAAAGUAGUGCAGCUGCAGCAAUCGCUGCAGGUCCGCAUAGGGGACUCCACUGUUCUGAACAUCAAGGAGAAGGUCAGGGGUAUCCCUGUAACCUUCGACAGCGCUGGAGAAGUCAGACACAAUCUGAACUUCUACAUCUUCCCUGACUUACCCUUUGAUCUUGUGUUCUCCAUGCAGUGGUUGAGAGCAGUCAACCCAAGGAUCGACUGGCAGAUCCCCAAGGUUGAACUGCCAAACAGCAAGGGGGUGUAUCAGCCUUGUAUGAUUGCAGCUGAUCAUCACCCUCAGACUUCUUGCUACUGCCUGAGAGCGAGAGAGUUUUAUGCUCUCUCUCGCCAGUAUGACCAUGAGCGUCUGUUCAUAGCUCUGGUCAAGCAGACAGACGCUCCUACUACUCCCUGUCCUCCUGAGAUACAGCAGGUUGUAGACCAGUACGCUGAUCUGAUGCAGGAGCCCUUUGGAUUACCCAACCGGCCAACCAAGCAUCAUAUCGAGCUGCUGCCUGGAGCGGUCCCUCCCAAGGGCCGCAUCUACAGGAUGUCACCUGUUGAGCUUGAGGAGCUCAGGCGACAGCUUGAGACCCUGACCAGCAAGGGCUGGAUCAGGCCCAACACUUCUGAAUUCGGUGUUCCAGUCCUCUUCGUUCCAAAGGGGAGUGGUGAGCUCAGAAUGUGCAUAGACUACAGGGGUCUCAACAAGAUCACUAGGAAGAGCACAGAGCCACUUCCUAGGAUCGAUGACCUUCUGGAUAUGGUCCAAGGUUGCACCAUUUUCGGCAAAGUCGAUCUCAAGUCUGGCUACCACCAGAUUGAGAUGGCAGAGGAGGAAGUCCACAAGACGGCCUCCAAAACCAGGUAUGGUACUUAUGAGUACCUGGUUAUGCCAUUUGGACUUUGCAAUGCACCUGGCACAUUCCAGACCGAGAUGCACCGCAUCUUCAGGCCGUACCUGGACAAGUUCAUGGUUGUCUACCUGGACGAUAUCCUGGUAUUCAGCAGGACUGCCAGGGAACAUGCGGAGCACUUGGCUCUGAUUCUUCAGGCAUUACGUGACAGCCAGUAUAAGAUCAACAGGGAGAAGUCCUCUUUUGGAGUUCCCUCUGUUAUCUACCUGGGUCAUGUGAUUUCUGGAGAUGGGCUGGCCCCUGAAGCAGCCAAGGUUGCUGCCAUUCAGGAUUGGCCACAGCCCCAGACAGCCUUGACUCGUGCACCUGUUCUGAAGUUGCCUGACCCCACUCUGCCAUUUGUUCUCACCACUGACGCCAGUCAGUAUGGCAUUGGGGCAGUCCUUCAGCAGGAUGAUGGUAAUGGUCUGAGACCUGUAGAGUUUAUGAGUAUGAAGAUUAAGACUCAGAAGUUGCAGGACUCCACCUACGAGAAAGAGCUCUAUGCUCUUGUCAGUGCCCUGAAACAUUGGAAACACUUUCUCCUGGGCAGGCACUUCAAGAUCUUUUCUGAUCAUUCCACCCUGCAGUGGUUGAAGUCCCAGGGAGAGUUAAAUGAUAAGUUGGCACGUUAUAUUCAGUUCAUUGAUCUGUUUGACUUUGAACUGAAGCAUAAGAAGGGCUGCUACAAUAAGGUAGCAGACGCCCUCUCUCGUAGGCCUGACUCCUUUGCCUUGAUCUCCUCUACUCACUCCUUUGGAGAGGAGGUCCGUCAGACCAUUGCUCGUUUGUUGCCUCAGGACCCGACUUAUGGACCCAUCGUCAGGAAUCUGCAAGCAGAUCCCAACUCUGAACCUGGCUAUGCCAUGAGUUCAGAUCUGCUGUACACCUACAACAGAGGAGAGGAGCGCUUGUGCAUCCUUGAGGAUUAGCAACUGAGGACACUGCUGAUGUCAGAGUGUCACGACGCGCUUGGACACUUUGGGUUCUUAAAGUCGUAUGCAGCCCUGUCG